AUGGAGCUGCGUGGUGAUGCCGCCUCACGCCCCACCGAGCUGCCGCUACCCGAUAUUGCGACGUUGAUGGAGCGCUACGUCGAGUUUCUGGAGCCGCUGGACGGGGUUGCUGACAAGGAAGCCAGCGUAGAGUUUGCUCGGCAGGUGAUUCGGGGCCUUUCGGGGGGCGGCGGUGAGGUCUCCCCGGAGUGGCGCGGUAUUCUGGACUAUUUCCGUUUUUUGGAGUCCCUUGCAAGGGAGUACAAGCGAAUUUGUAACACCUCGCUGCGAACCUCGCAUAUGGCGCCUCUGUGGAAUUCGUUGUACCUUGGCAACCGGGAUCCGCUGCCCUUUGGGUGGAAUUACACGCUACUUCUCGAUGCGCCACCGCUGGAACAGUCCUGCCAGCAGCUCAACAUAUCGAAACCGGCCUUGCGGGCGGCGAUCAUUGGGGCAGCGUCAUUUCACGUACGCCAUCUUGUUCAGCAGCCGCUUUACUUUACUCCGGAGGGGCAGGAGAGAAUGCCAAAGACCUGUCGUGUGGAUUUGAAGCUCUGCCACGACCAAUUUACGCGGCUGUUUCGCACUGUGCGCGUUCCCCACGUGGGCGUGGAUGGGAUGCGUUGGUCGUGCACCAAUAAGGUGCUGCUACUGCGUAAGGGACACCCGUUUGUGCUGGAUUGGGUUCGUCUCGACGACAGGGGUGGCGUGAACGGCUUGGGGGCACAUUGGUUGGAGGAGGUGGUCACAAAUGCGCGCCUGAUUGACGCGGUCAUCGCCGAAACCUCCACCGCAUCCCCGCACAGGGAAAGUCCACUGGUGUUGUCAAGCGGGUGUCGUGCAACGUGGGCGCGCGUUUUUGAGGAGUUAUGGAAAGAAAAGAAUUCAAAGGCGGCUUUGGAUGCGAUUACCUCCUGCAGUUUUGCAAUUUGCCUCGAUGAUGAAGUGGACUUUGCUCUGCCCUUCCACGGCGGCAAAUACCCUGAGAAUCGUUAUCCCGACUUCAAUGUGACGUACACGGUGGAUCCCGCAGGUGGCUCCAGCUGCAACAUGGAGCAUUCGUGGGGCGAUGGUAGUACCAUGCUGCUUGUUUGCGGCAUGAUUGCGUAUUACUCGCGAUCGCUUUGCAAGGAGGACUUUGCCCUGAAUAAAAAAAACACGUGGAUGAGCCUAUUACCAGACGAUGCAGCACGCGUGAAGCCUGUGCACUUUGGUUCAUUGUCCAAAGGUGUUCUUGACGCGAUCACCGCGUGCCGCCAAUCUCAUCAGCGCCACGUGAACGAAACCGAAUUGACUGUGCGGCACAUUCGUGCAGUCGGAACGAACGAAAUCAAGCGGCACUGUCGCGUGAGUCCUGACGCCUUUGUGCAUGCCGCAUUUCAUCUUGCCCAGCGACGGCUCUUUGGGGACCAGCGGUCAACGUAUUGCGCCCUGCUGAUGAAAAAGUAUCAUCAUGGACGCACGGAAACCCUCCGAACGGUGACACAGGCGACCCAGGCCGUGGCAAAUGCGGUGUCUUCUGCCGAAAACAAAAUGACCUUUAACGCGGCGGUUGCGGCGGCGUUGCAAAAGGCGAGCCAGGAACAUUACCGACGCAUUACGGUGUGUCGCGCAGGAAAAGGGCUGCAUCGAGCUUUGACGCUUCUGCGGCGUCUUCACGAUGAGGCAAAGCAGCGGUUGACCCCCGCGGGCUCAACACCGUGCACGCAUGCUUUUACCACGGCCUUGGCCUCCGUUGAAGCCCGUUUUUUCGAGUCAUCCGCGCUUCGGGAGCUGUCAUCCGAUUAUCUGUCCACCUCCAACAUGUCGGGCAGUGGCAUUUUAGCCUUUUGCUUUGCAGCGACACAUCCGGAUGGCAUUGGAAUUGGGUACUCACUCUUCCCCGACCGCCUCACUUUUUCCUUUUCAGCACUCAAAAGUUGCGCGCGCCCAUUGAGGGGCACGCGGAAAAUCCCCCUGAAGCAUGAUGUCGCCGUCGAAAAUGGCGGAAGACGUCUGUGCGAGCUGUAUGCUGACGCGGUGGAGCAGUCCCUUUGCGACUUGUACCGCCUUUCAGCUGUGUUGCCUUCUGCCAAGCUUUAG